AUGGUCCGUCUGUCCACCUACCUCGCCGCCACGGCCGCCCUGGCCCUCAAUGCACAGGCCGAGAGCAUGUACAGCAAGAAGUCGGGCGUCGUCAACCUCUCCGGCACCGACUACGACCGCAUCGUCGAGUUCUACGCUCCGUGGUGCGGCCACUGCAAGAACCUCAAGCCCGCCUACGAAAAGGCUGCGCAGUCCCUCGCCGGCAUUGCCAAGGUCGCCGCCGUCAACUGCGAUGAAGAGAUGAACAAGCCCUUCUGCGGCCAGAUGGGCGUCCAGGGCUUCCCCACCCUCAAGAUCGUACGACCGGGCAAGAAGCCGGGCAAGCCCACCGUCGAGGACUACCAGGGCCCGCGCUCGGCCAAGGGCAUUGUAGACGCUGUCAAGGACAAGGUCCCCAACAUCGUCAAGAGGGUACAGGACAAGAACCUCGACGCGUGGCUACAGGAGAACAAGGAGACAGCCAAGGCUAUCCUUUUCAGCGACAAGGGCAUAGUCAGCGCUACACUGAGAGCCCUGGCCAUUGAUUUCGCCGGUGUCGUUUCCCUCGCGCAGAUCAAGAAGACGGAGAAAGCCGCCGUCGACAAGUACGGCAUCACCGACUUCCCCUCUUUGAUCCUCUUGCCCCCUGGCUCAGACGAGCCCAUCAAGCACGAGGGCAAGCUCGAGAAGGACGCCAUGGUCAAGUUCCUGUCGCAAGUCGCUCCGCCAAACCCAGACUGCCCUGGUCCCAAGGAGAAGAAGCCCAAGAAGGACAGCAAGAAGGAAUCAAAGUCUUCCAGCAAGUUCGCCAAAGCCUCAGCUUCUCACAAGUCUGCAGACUCGUCUUCGGCUGCUGCGUCUGCCACAGAAGAGACUGUCCAAGAGCCUAUCGCAGUGACCGAGUCUCCAGACCCGAACGUCAAGGACGAAGACACACCGGAACCUGUGGUUCUGCCUGUUGAAGACGCUAAGCCUGCCGUUCCCUCCAUUGCCGAUGCUGCUGAGCUCCAAUCACUCUGCUUGAACGACCGAGCCAAGACCUGUAUCCUGGCCAUCCUGCCUCCAGACGACGCCUCUGAUGCUGCCAUGUCCGCCAUGUCUGUCAUUGCUACGCUGAGCGCUAUCCACAAGAAGCACGGCAGCAAGCUCUUCCCCUUCGUCAGCGUCCCGCCAUCGAACCCUCUUGCAGACACACUCCGAUCUGAACUGAGCUUCGGAAACGACGACACCGUCCACCUCGUUGCGACCCACGGCAAACGUGCGUGGUAUAAGAAGUACCCUGGUACCACCUUUGGUGCUCAAGAGGUUGAGCAAUGGGUUGAUGCUAUUCGAAUGGGCGAGGGCAAGAAAGAGAAGCUCUCGGCGACCCUGAUUGCGUCUGGAGCACAGGAGGCAGUCAAAGAGAAGGUUGCAGAGAAGGAGCCUGUCCAGAUCAAUGUCGAGGAGAUCUUGGAAGAUACGCCUAAUCACAACGAGCUUUAA